AUGGGGCGCACGCUGCCGGUUCCCGUGCCGUGCAAAGUGUGCGGCGACCGUUCGUACGGCAAGCACUACGGCGUCUACUGCUGCGACGGAUGCAGCUGCUUCUUCAAGCGAAGCAUACGUCGUGGCAUUGUUUACACCUGCAUAGCUGGCAAUGGUAACUGCAUUAUCGACAAGGCUCGCAGGAACUGGUGUCCCUACUGCAGGCUCCAAAAGUGCUUCGCUGUUAGCAUGAACAAAAACGCCGUUCAGGAGGAACGCGGUCCUCGCAAGAACAAAAACAAGAACAGAGCCAACGUCGAAGGCGGCGGUCCCGGCGCGGCCCCGACCACUCGUGCUGCUCGUCCUCCGGCUGCCAACCGAGGCGUUUCGGCCAGGAUACAUCAGCUCCUUUCCAUCAACGGAGGGGGCACCCAGCUGCCACCCAUCACACUGCCGACUGGAACGAGUGCUACGACCACGUCACCCUGCGGGGCGCAGGAGGCCGCUUCGGUUGCAGUGCCAACGACUGGUUCGAUGCUGCUAAGGCCCCCUCUGUACAUGCCACCGGUGCCAAUGGCGGCUGCCGUCGACACGCCUCCUUCGACGUCCUCGUCGCUGUUCGCAUCGGCUCGUCUUUUGGCUGGUCUCGACUUAGGUUGUAAUCAAGGCGCCAGUGAUAGCGGUGUGAGCGCCUUCCGCCGGGUACUUCCGCAUCACAGGGACGUCAUGGUACCGCCGGACCUCCCACCUGACGCAGCCGUGCCCAUGGCGUGCGCGCCGUCACCAGACCGGCUGCCGCAGCAGCGUCUGAGCGGCGGCGAAGAAGUGCUGCUGCACGAGGUGGCGGCGCAGGUGUUGCUGGUGGCUCUGCGCCGGGCGCGGGCCAACGAGCUGUUCCGAACGCUGCCCGCGGGAGACCAGGCCGCCAUACUGGACGAGGCGUGGCCACAGCUCUUCCUGCUGCAGGCCGCCCAUUGGCCGCUCGACGUGCUGCUGCUCAUGGGUCACGUGGCAGCGUCUGUUGCUCUCGGGGCGGAGCUCCAGUCUGGCGUCCGACAAAUCCAGCAAGCCAUCGCACAGUGCAAAGCGCUGGCCCUCGACCCCAUCGAGAGGACCCUCCUGGAAACCAUACUUCUCUGCAGAAAAGACUGCCAGCGAGAGCUGUGCGCCUUGGGCCAGGUGGAGUGCCUGCUGGAGCAGUCCCACCUGGCUCUGCAGCAGUACAUGCGGCACACGAGACCCCACAGCCCGGCUCGGUUCGGACAGGCCCUGCUCGUGCUGCCAGCGCUCAGAGCCGUGCCGCACGCCACUCUGCACGAGCUAUUCCUGCUGAGAAGGCAACGACUAUUCGCCUGA